GCGAGCUCUCAGGUGAUGUCAUGGAUCGCCCCUCCCCCUCCCCAACCCCCUCCCCCUCGCUCCCCACCAACCGCCGGGAGCGCGCUAGAUGAAAAGGCGGGAAAGUGGCCAACGGUGAGGGCCGUUAAUAGAGCGUGGCAGGGCGGCUGCAGAGGGGCCAGCGGAGGCCGGUCGGGGAGCGGCCAGGCUAAGGAGAGGGAAAGAGGCCAGAGGAGGCGAGGCAGGAGCGGUGAGGGCUCGAGCACCCCCGUCCCUGAAGCCUGGAGAAAAGUGUGGCCUCAGGAACUGAGGAGCCUCCUCUCCCCGAGUCCCCCAACUGCUCUCUGGGGCCGCAGCCUUUUGGACAAUCUGGGAUUCCACAAAUCUUCCAUCUCUUGCCCAGGAUCCCUCCAAUCAGGGCCAGCUCAGCCCAGUUCUAAUGAGAGGAACAUUUCUGACCAGGGAAGCAGUGAAGGAGGCUCUCCCUCACCCUAUGGGAACUGUGUUAGCAGAGUUGGUGGCCCCCCUCGGGCUUCCCGACCACUCCCCUCAGGGCCUCGGCCCUGUCCCUGUCCUGGCUGUGGAAAGAAGUUCUCCCUCAAGCAUCAGAUGGAGACUCACUACAGGGCCCACACAGGGGAGAAGCCUUUCUCUUGCCGCCUCUGCCCCCAGCGUUCCCGGGACUUCUCUGCCAUGACCAAGCACCUAAGGACACAUGGCACAGCCCCUUACCGCUGCCCCCUGUGCCAGGCUGGCUGCCCCAGCUUGACCACUAUGCAGGCCCACAUGCGGAGCCAUCCACCGGGACAACUGCCACCUGGAUGGACCAUCCGUUCCACUUUCCUCUAUUCUUCCUCCAGACCUUCUCCCUCAUCUUCUAAUUAUCCCCAUAUCACUGCCUCCCCCACUUCCACCUCCUCUUCCUCCCCUUCUCCAUCUCUUUCUUCUGCCACCUGAGAACAGGAUCUUGCAACUUAAAUGAGGAGCAGGGAUUUGAAAGGCGGACCAGACCCUGGAAGGGAGGUGUAGACACUUCGAGCCUGCCGCGUGGGCAGCGGAGUAUUAGUGUCCGCGUCUUGGUCCUCCUGGUGUUUUAGGAAUUGCUUCUUAGAAGCUAUACCUCUAGGCUGGCACUAGCUCGGCCAUCAAGUGAAGGCAGGCAGGUGCCAGCUCUCUGGAGCCUGCCUCUACACAGACCGCAAUAAAGCUAGCGCAGCUCGGCUUUCCCCCGAGGAAGAAAA